AUGGAACCAGAAAACCAAACAACGGUCUCAGAAUUCCUCCUCUUGGGGCUCUCAGAAAAGCCCGAGCAUCAGGCCCUCCUCUUUGGGCUGUUCCUGCCCGUGUACCUGAUCACCAUCACUGGGAGCCUGCUCAUCAGCCUGGCCAUCAUCAAGGACUCCCGCCUCCACACGCCCAUGUACUUCUUCCUCACCAACCUGUCCCUUGUCGACAUCUUCCUCUCCUCCACCACUGUCCCCAAGAUGCUGAUGAACAUCCAGGCCCAGAGCAGAACCAUCCCCUUUGCGGGCUGCCUGGCGCAGAUGUACGCUUUCCAUCUGUUUGGCACCAUGGACAGCUUCCUCCUGGCCGUGAUGGCCAUUGACCGGUUGGUGGCGAUCAUCUACCCUCUGCACCACUCGGUCAUCAUGAGCCCCCGUGUGUGUGGGUUGCUAGUGGGGGUCCCAUGGGUGAUCACCAACCUCCAGUCCCUAGUGCACACCUGCCUCAUGGCCCAGCUGACCUUCUGUGCUGGCUCUGAGAUCCCCCACUUCUUCUGUGACCUCAUGCCCCUGCUGAAGCUCUCCUGCUCUGACACACACAUCAAUGAGCUGGUCAUCUUUGCUUUUGGCAUUGUCAUGGGCAUCAGCCCGCUGUCCUGCAUCCUUCUCUCCUACAUCUGCAUCUUCCACACGGUCUUUAAGAUCCCUUCUGCCCGGGGCAAGUGGAAAGCCUUCUCCACCUGCAGCUCCCACCUCACGGUGGUGUCACUGUUCUACGGGACCAUCUUCGCUGUGUACCUUCAGCCCGCAUCACUCACCUCCUCACAGAAAGACAAAGUGGCGGCCCUGAUGUGUGGUGUGGUCAUCCCCAUGCUGAACCCCUUUAUCUAUAGCCUAAGGAACAAGGACAUGAAGGCGGCUCUGAGGAAGCUCAUAGGCAAAGCAGCCUCCUUUCAGUUCUAG